GCCCUUUUCCCCAUCACCCCUGAUCACCACAAUAUGACCCUAGGAGGGGUCCCUUCGGGCGGCUAUCGUUUUCUUCCUCGCAGUGGACAUUGUUCAACUUGGGCGGGGUUGCGGUAUCCCCAUGAGGUUCAGCGACAACCCACACUUCCUGUUUUAUCAAUUACAGUACAACUUCUUCCCCUCCGCCCCACCUAUGACAGACUAUCCACUCGUACCGGUAUCACACUCGAGCAUGGUGCGAGCGCCGGAUCCCUGAAGCCCCAAACACCUGCCCACCAUUGAGUAGCCCAUUUCACAUGCGUGCAGGGUUAGGGUUAUUCCCGAACCAUUACAUCAAUGAUGCCCUCCCUCGGCGCACGGAGAAGUCUUGAAACCCAGAACAAAAAACCUCGCUCACACCAGGAAAGUGAAAACGUCCGACAAUGGCCUCGACACAAUCACCACCGAUCGCCCCGCGGCCACCCAAGGUUGUGAUAAUUCUGGCAGACGAGGGACAGGACCCUACGGAGGUUGCGAUCCCGUGGAAGAAGUUCAGAGACGGUGGCUGGGAGGUGACAUUCGCGACCGAGAAUGGGAACGUGGCGAGGGCAGACGAGAGAUUGUUGGGCAGCGGGGUAUUCGCGACCUUUUUGGUGAGCCGCGACCUGUUAUACGCUCCCCUCGGCCGUGCCACCUGCUGCCCCACACUAUCUUAGAGUUGAAAGUGGUCUCUUAUAUAACUUAGGGCGCAAGCAAGGAAGCCGCGGCGGCUUAUCGCGAGAUGGCCGACAGCGAAGCGCACAAGAAUCCCUUGGCGUGGUCGAUGCAGGGAUUCAGCUUGGUCCCUUACGGUACGGCUCGAAACCACUUUUCGUGAAGUUUGGCUCUUGUUUGGCGGACUGACUAAUUAUCUAUCCAGAUGCCGUUCUCCUACCCGGUGGUCAUGACAAGCCAAUAAGGCAAUACCUGGACUCCGAGUCCUUGCACCUUCUCCUAAGGGAAUAUUGGCCAUUUGUCAAAAGGUCUAGAGACGCAAUCAUGAACGAUGGUUCGUUGAACGAAACCCCAAAUCGUUAUCACACCUUUGGGAUGAUUCAUUAAUUCCAGCCGGAGUCCAGAACCAUCGAGGGUUGUCGGGGCCAUUUGCCAUGGAGUGGUAGCCCUAUCGAACGCCACCCACCCCCCGCCAUCCGGAUCCGCAGACCCCAAAGGGCCAAGUCUGCUCCACGAUGUUGAAACAUCGACCUUACCCUACUGGAUGGAACAAGUGGCCUGGGUCGCAUCCCAGGCAUGGCUCCUCGGUGGCUAUUACAAGACCUAUGGGGCACGCAGAUCCUGCGCUUCCGAUGUAUGAUAAGCCUUUCCCCGAAGCCGCCUGAAUGCUCGGACCACCCCCCCCCAUUUCUAACCCACCGCACUCUUCAUGGCAGGUUUCGAAAGCGCUCAAUAAGAAGGAUCAGUACAAGUGUGGCCCACUGAGCCAGUCGUGAGUUGGCCCGUCAAAUGCCCUCACCUCCCCUUCCCCCCUUCGACAAGUUAUAAUCCCACCGCUAGCUAACCAGCCAUAAAAAUCUCACAAGGCCAUUCACUCACGUGGAUCCCAAUUACCACUAUAUAUCCGCCAGAUUUCCCGGGGAUGCUUGGCUCUUCGCGGAGAAGAUGAUGGAGGAGGUUCAGCAGUGCCGGGACAACACGGUUUAAUCAAUUCCAACACGCCUAUUAUUACAACU